AUGCAAGCUACCACUCCCACCGAUCCAAGGGUCCUUGAUGUCAUGUUGAAUUUCUUCACUGGUUUAUAUGGAAACCCUCACUCAAGAACCCAUGCUUAUGGCUGGGAAACUGAUAUCGAGGUUGAAAAAGCAAGAAAACAUAUCGCUGAUGUUAUAAACGCUGAUCCAAAGGAAAUCAUCUUCACUUCUGGUGCAACUGAAUCUAAUAACAUGUGUAUCAAAGGGGUUCCAAGAUUCUAUAAAUCAACUAAAAAACAUAUCAUAACCGCCCAAACUGAACAUAAAUGCAUCCUUAACUCUGCUCGUCAUCUUCAAGAUGAAGGCUUUGAAGUCACUUAUUUACCUGUUAAACCAGAUGGGUUAGUUGAUUUAGAGUUAUUAGAAAAAUCAAUUAGAAAAGAUACUUGUUUAGUAUCAAUCAUGUCCGUCAAUAAUGAAAUCGGUGUCGUUCAACCAAUUGAAGAAAUUGGUAGAAUUUGCAAAAAACACAAAGUCUAUUUUCACUCAGAUUGUGCUCAGGCAUAUGGCAAAAUCCCAUUAGAUGUCAAUAAAAUGAACAUUGAUUUAAUGAGUAUCUCCUCCCAUAAAAUUUAUGGUCCAAAAGGUAUGGGUGCAGUCUACGUUAGAAGAAGACCAAGAGUUAGAUUAGAUCCAAUUAUAACCGGCGGUGGCCAAGAAAGAGGUUUAAGAUCUGGUACUCUAGCUCCUCCUUUAAUUGCUGGCUUUGGUGAAGCUGCUAGAUUAAUGAUGGAGGAAUACGAUUAUGACUCCAGUCACAUCUCAAAGUUAUCGAAUAAAUUGAAAAACGCUCUAUUAUCAAUAGAGCACACUACCUUAAACGGUUCUCCUGAACAUCAUUAUCCGGGCUGUGUCAACAUAUCUUUUGCCUACAUUGAAGGUGAAUCUUUAUUAAUGGCUUUAAAGGAUAUCGCUUUAUCUUCUGGUUCUGCUUGCACUUCAGCUUCUCUAGAACCCUCCUAUGUCUUGCAUGCCUUAGGUAAAGAUGACGCUUUAGCUCAUUCCUCUAUCAGAUUCGGUUUAGGUAGAUUUACAACUGAAGAUGAAGUUGAUUACGUUAUUGAUGCAAUUACUCAUAGAGUUGAUUUCUUAAGAGAAUUAAGUCCAUUAUGGGAAAUGGUUAAAGAAGGAAUUGAUUUAGAUACUAUCGAAUGGUCUGGUCAUUAA